AUGGGUGGUGCUGUGGGUUUCCUUUCCGGGUUGUUCGGUAUCGGCGGCGGGUUUCUGCUGACACCACUUCUGAUUUUUUCCGGUAUUCCGCCCGCGGUCUCGGUUGCCACCGUCACGACGCAGGUUGUGGCCUCGUCGGCAUCGGCGGUCAUGACCUACUGGCGACGCAAGGCCAUCGAUCUGAAGCUCGCCACCAUCCUUCUGGCAGGGGGGGUCUUCGGGUCGCUUAUUGGCGUGAUCCUGUUCGACGUGUUGCAGUCCGUCGGACAGCUCGAUCUGGUCAUCUCGCUCUCCUACGUCACGUUUUUGAGCGCGAUCGGCGGCCUGAUGCUGUUUGAGUCCAUACGGGCGAUACGGCGCAGAAAGUCGGGUGCUGCACCAUCUGCACGAAAGCCGGGCCAGCACAACUGGAUCCACGGUUUGCCGUUGAAGGUGCGUUUCCGCCGGUCAAAGCUCUAUGUCAGCGUUAUUCCUGUGGUUGGUCUUGGCGCCAUAAUCGGUUUCCUAGGUACGAUCCUGGGUAUCGGUGGUGGCUUCAUGAUGGUUCCAGCGCUGAUCUACCUUCUGCGGGUGCCGACAAAUAUCGUGAUCGGCACCUCGCUGUUCCAGAUCCUCUUCACCAUGGCUGCGGCGACCAUUUUUCACUCGAUGGGGACAAAGACCGUCGACAUUGUUCUCGCGAUGACGCUGAUGAUCGGCGGUGUCAUCGGCGCGCAAUUCGGUGCAAGAAUGGGUCAGAACCUGCGCGGCGACCAGUUGCGUCUUCUACUGGCAUUGCUGGUUAUGGGCGUCGGAUUGCGCUUCGCGGUCGACCUCCUGCUGGAAGAGGCCUCUUCCAAGGAUCUGGUCACGGCGCUUUCCUCCGACACGGUCUCGAUCCAGUCGAACUUCACCGGCACCGAAAUUGUCAUUUUCGGUCAGGCCAGCGACAUAGAAAGAGCACCGCACGCCGCCGGCGAUUUUGAGCUCGCGAUUGUCGUCGAGGGACCGCCGCAGGACAUCACGACGCGGCGCAAGGGUCGCUUUCUGGGUGUCUGGGUCAACCGCGAGGCGGAACGGUUUCAGAAUGUACCGUCUUUUUAUGCGGUUGCGAGCACGGCAGAUAUCGGCGACAUCGCUCACCGGAACGUGCUGGACGAAUACCGCAUAGGGCUCAAUCACCUAAAUCUGGCAGUCUCCGGGGUUUCCAACGUUCCGCUGUCGGACCGCGAUGAUUUUCGCAAGGCCUUUGUAAGGCUUCGCGAGGAAUCGGAUCUUUAUUCGGAGCGGGAAACCUCGAUCGAGUUUCUGACGGAUACGAUGUUCCGCACCAAUAUUCCCCUCCCGGCAAACAUCCCUGUCGGCGACUACAAGAUCAAGAGCUUCCUGUUCAACCGGGGGGAUCUGGUUUCACAGACCGAGCAGACACUGGCAGUCGCAAAGAUCGGUUUCGAACAGGUAACGUUUGAACUCGCCCAGAACUAUCCGCUGGUCUACGGUGUUCUCGCGGUGAUCCUGGCGAUAUUCACUGGCUGGCUUGCAGGCGUCAUCUUCAAGAAAGACUGA